GAGUUUUCAGUCUCUGCCCGGCAGAGCUGCCACUGGAGGCUCGCAGCCCCGGCGUUGGCGUGGCCCAGGCCCCAGAGGAUGCAGGGCGCCCAGGAUGCUGCUGCGCCUACUAGUGUUGCAGGCCGCGCUGCUCAGCCUGCGCCUCGGCUCCGGAGCUCAAGGGACAGAAUUACCCAGCCCUCCAUCUGUGUGGUUUGAAGCAGAGUUUUUCCAUCACAUCCUCCACUGGGUGCCCAUCCAGAAUCAAUCCGAAAGUACCUACUAUGAAGUGGAGCUCCUGAGGUAUGGAAUGGAGCCCUGGAAGUCCAUCUCCAGCUGUAGCCAGACCCUGGUGCUGUCCUGUGAUCUCACUAUGGUGACCCUAGACCUGUACCACAACAAUGGCUACCGAGCCAAAGUCCGGGCAGUGGAUGGAAGAAAGCACUCCAACUGGACUAUCACCAGGACCCGCUUCUCCAUGGAUGAAGUGAAUCUGACAGUUGGCAGUGUGAAGCUAGAGGCGCACAGUGGCCUCAUCCUUGGACAGAUCCAACCACCCAGGCCCAAGAUGGCCCCUGAAGGUGACACAUAUGAAAGCAUCUUCCCACACUUCCGCGAGUAUGAGAUUGCAAUUCGCAAGGUGCCAGGACACAAUAAGCUCACAAAGAAGGUAAAACAUGAAAACUUCAGCUUCCCAACCCCUGGCGAGGUGGGAGAGUUCUGUGUUCAGGUGAAACCGUCUGUGAGCGCCCGCACGAACAAAGGGAUAUGGUCCAAGGAGGCGUGCAUUGUGGUCUCCCGGCAGUAUUUCACCGUGACCAAUCUCAGCAUCUUCUUCACCUUUGUCCUGCUGCUCUGUGGAGUCCUGGCCCUCCUAUCCCUCCAGCUGUAUGUGAGGCGCAGGGGAACACUGCCUGCUGUCCUGGUCUUUGAGAAGCCCGGUUCCUUCAACCUUAUCGGUCAGCUGCCCAGUCCAGAGACCCAAGACACCAUCCAUCCCAUCGAUGAGGAGGCCUUCUCCAAGGUGUCCCUAGAGCUAAGGAACUCAGAGCUGCAUGGCAGCACAGACAGUGGCUUUGGCAGUUCCAAGCCAUCCUUGCAGACUGAAGAGCCCCAAUUCCUUCUCCCUGCCCCUCACCCUGUGGCCAAGAGAACUCUGGGAAAGGGAGCCUCCUUGGAGCUGGAGAAUAGCUGCAGUGGUGGCAGCAGCAAUAGCACAGAUAGUGGGAUCUGCUUGCAGGAGCCCAACCUGAGUCUGAGCAUGGUGCGCAGCUGGGAGCAGCAGGUGAGGAGUAAUAGCCAGGGCCAGGAUGACAGCGGCAUUGGCCUUGUACAAAACUCUGAAGGGCAGCCUGGGGAUGUACAAGAAGGCUCAGCCUCAGGCCAGGUCAGUCCUCUGGGGCCUGAGGUGACUAAGGAAGAAGACCCAGCUGUGGUGGCAUUUCAGGGCUACCUAAAACAGACCAGAGGCACAGAGGAGAAGGCAGCAAAGGAAGGCUGCCUGGAAGAAGAGUCCUCAACAGAUGGCUUUGACCCCCCAGUCAGGAUGUGCCUGGAUGCCGAGGAAGCCUGGCCUCCACCAGUCAUGGCCAAGGGCUAUUUGAAACAGGAUCCCCCAGAAGUGACUCUCGUUCCCUCACAGGCCCCAACUGGACAGUGGAACCACCCAACUGAGGAGUGGUCACUCUUGGGCUUGACCAGCUGUGGUGACCUAGGAACAUCUAAUUGGAGCUUUGCCCAUGGUCUUGCCCCUCUGGACUGUGUGGGAGCACCAGGCAGUCUUCUGGGUAGCGUUGACUCAGACCUGGUCACCAUGCCACUGAUUGCCACUCUGCAUUCCAAUGAGUGACUCAGGCUAAGGGGCUGCUUUAAUUUCUGCCAUGUUCUUCAUGGACUAGGAGGAAGGGCCCCAGGGGUCAGAAGUGAAACAUGAUGCCAAUCUGGGCACCUUUCUGUAAGCCCAGUGGGGCCCAGCAGGGCUGGCUGAGGUCCCAGGCAGGAGGAGGCCAUCUAGCUGACCAGCACAGAGUAUGUGGGUGGCCUGUUCUAUAGACAGGACCCUGCUGACUCCAGCAGAGCUGAGAAGGCCAAGUCAGAGACCUCUCUCCUCAGGACUCUUCCUAUAUAAUGAGGAGUAUUUGCUCAGUGGAAUCAUGGGGCUUCUGGAGUUGUGGUGAAGCCUCUGGGGGAAGCCAGCUCAGACCCAGGUCUUUCCCCUUACGUCAAUCAUGUAUCAGGUCCUCCAGUGAGAUGGAGACUGGGAGGAUGCAGUCUUCAGGGCCUCAGAGCAGGGGUCAUUUCUAGGAAGAGAAGGAAGGAGCAAUGACCAGGUUUGAUCCCUGGAAGGAUCAGCUGACCAGCCUGGAAUGGGUCCUGUGGAGAAACUCCCUCACUAGAAGGCCAUCAAAGCAGGAAGCUUGUCAUGGAAGAUCUUGUGGUGAUUCUGCACUGGUCAGCCAGCCAGUCAGUUAGCUAUCAUAAUGGAGCCACAGGUGAAAAUAAAAGGAUCUGAGACCCAAAAGGGGGCUUCUGGCUCAGAACCCAUUCCCCUGGGUCUGUCUCAUGUCCCCCUGGGUCUGUCUUGUGUCCACGCAGACAUGUCCCUCUUUCCAGCCAACACAGCAGCAGCACCCUGAGGGGCUUGCAGCGGCCACACCACUCAUUGUCCCCAUCCUGCUGCCCCAUCAUUUGCCAACAGUGCCAGAAAUAUCGUGUGUUUGUGUUGGUCAGAAUUCAGCCCUUUAGGUAGCCCCUGGGCACAACCGUGUAUGCCUCAGGGUCAGGGUCAGGACCUGAAGUUGUGUUUGCUCCUGACAUCCAGCCUCAGGCCUCUGGGACAGGGCACUGGGCUGUGAUCCUGCUCUCUCAGUGCUCAGCUGUGUGACCUUGGACCAUCCACUUCUCAGAGAGCUUCAGUAACCCAUCUGUGAAAUAAAGUUCUCUCCAUGCUGGAUAUUA